AUGAGCUUGUCCGCGGCCCAAAUUCCAGAGCAUCCGGAUAUUUCCGAUGUUCUGGAGUACUUGCAGCGAGAACCUGUAAUGCUUCGCGCAUUACAGGAAUACAUCCGCAAAAAGGAGCAGGCUGAGAACUUGCUCCUGACCCGCUUGGAGGAGGCGGAGAGGAGGCCGGAGGUCGAAGGGCGAAGUGGAGAGGAACCGGUACCUCAGGUACCGGCAUUUAACAUUGAAGAAGCAGAGUGGGCCCCUCUGCCCGAAACUGAUGAUGAGGCCGAGAACUGGCCAUCGGGUGCAGAGUGGGCUCCUCUGCCUGAUGAUGACAGCGAUGAACCUGAGGUACCGGCAGCACCAAUGGAGACAGAUGCGGAUGCAGAACCGGUUGAAGUGUUUCGCGAACUCGUUCUAAGAAUGAGAACGAUUAAAAUUCCGGUUCUCGCGACGCAUGGGUCGCUGGCUGCGGCAGUACCGGAAGAAUUUCACCCCGCUGAUUUAGGGGACCUUCCGGAGCAGCUCCGACGGGAGUUGCUAGCGCCGCAGGCAGAACCAUACACGGUGGUUCAGGCAAAUGAGGACAGCAACAUCGUGUGUGGUAUCUGCGGCAGGCAGUUUGGAACGCUCAAAGGGUGGCGUAUUCACGCCUCACGGAUGCAUAAGCAGGACGGAUUUUGCGCUCGCUGUGGCCAUUACGUCCUGCUGCCACCCGAAUUCACGGCCGCACAAAGAACAGCGGCACUGGAAAUUCACGCUCUCGAUUGGUGCCCGAGAGCGUGUGCGGCCGUGAUCAGCGAAAGGCAGGCCAAUGAUACUAACGGGCCUCCCCCACGCAGCCGAACUGUUACUGCCUGUCCCAGCUCUCCAUUCCUCUGCCCAAUGAAGUACAGCCAAGCGGGUUAG